CGCCCCGCCCCUGCCCCCGGCUGAAGCGGAGAAGACGGCAGCGGCCGCGGCCCGAGGGACCCGCAGUGGCCGCUCCGCCAUCCUUCCCUCUUCCCCCGGCCCGGCCAAACCCGGCCCGGGCCCCGCAUCCCUGCCGAGAUGUCGGAAGACCUUGCUAAGCAGUUAGCUAGCUACAAAGCUCAGCUUCAGCAAGUUGAGGCUGCCUUGUCUGGGAAUGCAGAAAAUGAAGAUUUGCUAAAGCUGAAGAAGGACUUACAGGAAGUCAUAGAAUUAACCAAAGAUCUCCUUUCAACACAACCUUCGGAAACUCUUGCAAGUUCUGACAGCUCUGCUUCUGCCCUGCCCAGCCACUCCUGGAAGGUUGGGGAUAGGUGUAUGGCAAUAUGGAGUGAGGAUGGACAGUGUUACGAAGCUGAGAUUGAAGAAAUAGAUGAGGAGAAUGGAACAGCUGCAGUCACAUUUGCUGGAUAUGGCAAUGCUGAAGUUACACCUCUGUUCAACCUCAAGCCUGUGGAAGAGGGAAGAAAAGCAAAAGAAGACAGUGGCAACAAACCCAUGUCCAAAAAAGAGAUGAUAGCCCAGCAAAGAGAGUAUAAAAAGAAGAAAGCUUUGAAAAAAGCUCAGAGAAUUAAAGAACUUGAACAGGAACGAGAGGACCAGAAAGUCAAGUGGCAACAGUUUAACAACAGAGCCUACUCUAAAAACAAAAAAGGCCAGGUGAAGAGGAGUAUUUUUGCUUCCCCUGAGAGUGUAACUGGCAAGGUUGGAGUCGGAACAUGUGGAAUCGCAGACAAACCUAUGACACAGUAUCAAGAUACCUCUAAAUACAAUGUCAGGCAUUUAAUGCCUCAGUAACGGGGAGUGGGGGGAAAGGUGGAACUUCAUCUCUGCAGGGCUUUACACUUAUCUUUUUAUCAUUAUAUUUUUCUAAAAGUAAAUUAUUUGUUGGCACAUCACAAGUAGUCCGUUCUGUCACCAUCACUUUGGCUUCAGCUGAUAUGAGCCUUAAAUCUCCAGCUAUUGAUUUGAUCCCCUCUACCAUUAAACCUUUUGUAGCUGCAUUAAAAGUACAUUCUGCAGGUAAAUGCUUUCAUGAACUGCUGUUAUGUGUCGCUCUGAAAGCAGUAGUUAUCUGCAGCUUUGAUACACGGAACCUUUUAUUCAUACCAGUAUUGAGAUUGUUUUUUCCUUAAGAGAAGUGGUAGGAAAAUGGCACCCAACAGCCUCCCUUGUUCUUGCAGUCACAGCAAUGAGCUCAGUGCUAGAGCUCCACAGCUCUGGGAGAGAGCUCUAAGCUGGGUUCCAUCAGGGCUUGUGCAUCCCAUGGAAUUGCUAAGGAACUGCUAAAUUCACUGCCUUACAGUCCACUGAGGAUCGGUUUGUACAGCUGUAAAUGAGAGCAGGACAGGGCCAAUAGGAUCUUUAUUACUAAUGGUGAUUCAUGUGCUAGAAACAACAGAUCUGAUUUUAAUUCCAGUUUGGAUUCCCUGCACAAGGAGUUAUGCAGAGGAAAGAGUUGGUUUUGUUUUUUUUUUUUAAGUACUCAUCAAACGCUAUAGGAGGUUAAUGAAAGGUUAUUGACAUGUAACCAGAAAACCAUAGGAAGGUGUUCAGACUCCAAUUCCAAGAGAACUGUACUUUGGAAGAAUACUCCCCUCCCUGAGGAUCAGGGUGCUGGAGAACAGCCGUGGUCGUGCUACCUGCUUGUGCAUCUCCUGGGUUUGCUGCUUGCUGACCUGGGAUACAGCCUGCGCCUCCUCCAUCCUGUCCCUUUGAACGGCAGCACAGCAGCUACGGCUGCGUAGAAUCCACUUAGUGAGUUGUGAGCUAGUAAAGGUUAGUCUGAAGUAUCUGUCCUUAACCGACUGGCCCUAGUGCUCAUUGUGACUUCAGCUGUAGUACAGUGCUGCUCAGCCCCUUCCAUUUUAUUCAGGAAACACGUGUAAAAGCUCUUGCUUUCUUGUAUUUUCUCUGUGAUAUGCUUUCCUCUGUUAUUUGUCUCUCACGGUAGUGGUGCCAUCUCUGAACCUGUAAUGUGUUUAAAGGAGUUAAUGGAUAGCCCUGUACACAAUGUAGAUAUUAUUUUUGUAAAAUCUAGGGCUGAGUUAAUGGACACGAGUACAUCAGCUGUUUCCUCCCCCUGUUAAAGAAUUCAAAGGUGGUUCUUGUCCAUUAACCCUGACCAUUAUUUCCCUGUAUAUUAUGUUAAUGUAGCUCAUUUUGUAAUUUGUUAACUAGAUCAGGUCACGUCAGCAAUCGUUGAUGCACUGAUUGGUGGAAAUGUCCAUCAGUUACCUGAGUCACAACUCAAGCUAAACUCUACAACUGGUAGUUUAGAAUCCAUACAUAGAAAAAGGUUCUCCCUAUAAUGGGAGAAGGUGAUUUUUAUGAAUACAAAGUGUGUUAAUUUCAGUUUUGUAUGUUUAACUUUUAUUAAAUAAAGUGUUUAAAAUCUGCUGGACA